AUGAACCGUUCUGGCCUUGUCUCACCAGUCCUGAUCUGGCUACCUGGCCUGAUCGUACUGGUGCUGUUGGCCCUGACCACCACCCCGACGGCCGUGCACGGCUUCGGCUUGAGCUGCACGGCCAACAGCACGGGCGAUUGGGACGUGGCUGCCACCUGGAUCAACUGCAAUGACUCCACGCCGGGAGAGGGCGACAGAGCGAACAUCGCCACGGCUGAGGCCUACGUGGUCUCCAUCCCGGCAGGCGUCAAGGUCAACGUGCAGGGCGUCUUCAUCGCUAACUUUGGCCGUCUCAGCAACAAAGGCGCCCUGCGUGCGGUUUGGAUCGAGGUAAACUCUGGCGCCCUGCGCUCGACGGGCUCGCUCGAGUUAGUGGACACCGACAGAAACAACGCCUAUCUGUACUGCCGAUAUGGGAGUGUCGAGAUCUCUGGCGACCUCACCAUUACCAGCCUUUCCCAAGCCUCUCUGGAAGUGUCCGAGAGCGAGGCCACGUUUGGCGGGUCGAUCAAUGUCACCGCGGGCCAGUACGCCCAGGCCUACGCGGCUGUGCUUUCCAACUCGCGCGUGAGCGUGGCGGGCGACGUCACCGUGCUCGGCGGUUGCUACGAUUACAACGACAAGAAGCGUGAGACCAACAACGAGAAUGACGACUCCGUCGUGGAGGGAGGCGAGAAGCAGAAGAAGAAGAAGCGUGGCUUCAGCCUUGAUGGCUCUGGCCUGGCCGUGGACUACGACUCCUUCCUCCAGGUGGGCGGUGAUGUGAAGCUCACCACGCGCGACUUCACCGACAACUCGACCACCGGCUCGACGCGCGAGGUGAGCCUCUACUUUGACGGCGGCGACGUGGUCAUCGGCGGCGAUCUGCUGGUCCAGUCGGGCGACAGCCUCCUCGCGGACACCGGCGACGCGUCCAUUUCCACCGGCGAUAGUCUGCUCGAAUUGGUUCAGAAUGGGCGGGACCCCGCGGAGUAUGAAACGGGAUCCCUCGUCGCCCGGGGCGACAUGGUGCUUCACGGCGGCGAUGCCGGUUACAACUUUGCCAACGCGUCCAUUACCGGCUACAACGGCGCGACCGCGUUCGAGCUCUAUUCAUCCGCGCACUUCCACCAGUCCGGCCUGGUGCGCCUCAUCGACGGCAGUCAGGGCACGGAGCUUCUCUCCCCGGGGUACUCGGUCGGUGUUAGGCUCGACCAGCUGUCCGAGUGGACGGUGUACCCGUGCGCCGGCGCCGGGCUCGAGAUCUCUGACGCGCGCAACGGGACCGACUUCCAGGUGCGCCAACUGUCAACGUUCAGGGACUGCCGCGGGUCAGGCGCCAAGCAGCACUACCCGGAGCCGCUGACCGACGGCUCGGCCGAUGGGUCGUGCUCGCCCUGCACCUGCACCGCGGCGCCUUUCAACGCGUGCCCGGACGAGGAGGCCGCCGCGGGGAGUGUGCACGACAACAACUUCGUCGUGGCUUGCCUGCGCGCCUUUGCUGCCCUCCUGCUGUAA